GAUCGGUAUCCUGGCAGCAGGCACUGCGUUCAUGCUGCAGCCUGGCCCGAUCUGGAUAAACCACCUAUGUGAAAUGCAGCACGAAUCGCGCCCCCGUGUUCUUGGCGCUGUGAACGUGUUGCUCGAUAUCCUCGCGUGUGCCGACAUAUUAGCUCUCGUCCAACACUCGCGCUCUCUCUGGCUGCGCGACGUGACGCUAAGCAAGACUCGCCUUCGUUGCUUCAUCCACGGACGCCUGCUGUCAAACUGACCGUGCCAGUAGUCACCAGCGUGUGGCACACGCUGAUGACUACACGCCGCGUGCUCGCCAAAUGAGAUACCCUCCAUGCGUGCAUGCAGCUGCAGCAGUAUUGCAGGUACCCGGUAAACAAGCCGUGCUCCACAAUCACCACACGCUGCCUAUGGAAAAUGUGAUAUCGCUGAAGAAGCUGAUCCCAGCAGCCGGCAGCCCAAGGCUUGGGCCAAGCGACUUGGACUCACAACUUGGCCAACGAAAAGAUCGAGGGGAUGCGGCGACCAAACAGUACGAGGCUUCGCGCUGAGUUCUUGCUGACCUGCACCCUGCGAGUACUGUGCGCGCACAUUCGCCUCGCUCACUCUACUUUCUAGUCCUAGAGUUCAGGCGAGUUCAACUUGGCGACCUCUUCUUUUCACUAUGAUCCAACCCCUUCUGACGAUCGCUCAUCUCAGCGUGAACCCAGUCGUCACUUUCGCUUUCGCUUUCGACUCGGCAGUCAUGCAGCUGGGCCGCGCAACGGAGCCCGAGCUCGAGCCGCUGGCUGCUGCGGGCCAGCAGAGCGCCCAGUCCAGCGGCGACGACCCCGUGCUGCGCGACUUCCUGGCCUUCGUGGACACGUUCCCGGCCGACUGCGACCAACUGCUGGUGGACGAGAGCAACAGCCAUGCAAACGAACAAAGUCAGAUCGAGUUGCUCGACGACGGGGAAGGCAAUAAUACUGUUGGAACGCCCGCAGCAAGCGGCCCUGCUGAUACUGCACCUCACCAGUCGAAAGAGCAGCGGCGGCGCGAGGCCUCCCGCCUCAAGGACCGGAACAAGUACCUUAGGAAAAAGGCUAGUAACGGCAUCCUCGAUGAUACAUGACGAGCAAUACAUGUAGUAUACGUCUGUGACUGACCUCCAUGGUGCUUGACCGUUGUUGAUGCAGGAGAGGAUCCCCAAGCUCCGGGCUGAAGUGGAGCAGCUCACCAAGAUGCUCACGGAGUACGAGAACGGUGGCGGCGGAACACUUCAAGUUCAACAAGUAUCCUCGAGCUCGUCGCUGUCGGAGAAGGAGCAGCAGCUCGUGCAGAUCGCGCGGCAGAAGAACGAGCUGCUGGUGGAGAACGCCCAGCUCCGCAAGCAGUUCCAUCGGGCCACAGCCUUCGCUACCAGCCUCCAGCAGAUGCUCAAUAACGAGCACAAGCUGUACCUCGCCAACUCGUCCUACUUCCUCGUGCUCAAGCCGCUCACGCCCCCUGACUGCCAGCGGGAGUUGAGGCGGUCCCUGAACGUGAUCAUACCGUGCUACGGCGUGGCCAAGAACGUCAACCGUAGUCGCGAGAUCUGCGGCUGGAACGAGACGCGCCUGACCGAGCGGUCCGACUUCCACAACGUGAAGUCGAAACUAAUACGAGGCAAGUCCGCGCGAUUCGUCUUCAACCAGACCUGGGAGCUCUUCAUGGACCCGUUCCGGACCCAGAAGCUCUUCGCCCCGAUCAUGGACGUCAGGUGCCGCCUCGUGCAGCGCGUGGACGACGACAACGCUCUCUUCUGCUACGACCACGCUGCGUCUCGCGUCUUGUCCGAGAAGACGGACCUUCCCUCCGUGAGCACUAUGGCUCUGGUGACCCGGGUCUCCACUGAGAGUGGCUACCUCAUCAUCACUCGUGGAUUGCGGCGCGGGAGUGUCGAGGUCCAGGACGUCCUUCGGGCGGCGUCAUCGGACCGCAGAAGCGAGAUCUGGCUGGAAACACUGACCUGGUACGGUUGGUUGAUUUCACAGUUCGUAUAGGUGAUAUCCAUGGAUGAGGAGCUAACGUGUGUGUUUGUUGCUGUGAAUACACAGGAUUCACUUCCAGCAGCGUGGUCCAGAUUGUGAAGUGACGAUUGGCGGGGUAACCCCGGCGCUCCGGCAGAGCUCCUACUUCUGGAUGGUCGAGUGCAUUCAACUGGCGCUGCGGUGGGAGAUGACCGUGUUUGGGCCGCGGUUUCGAGCCACCUAGCGAGAAAAACACGGCAACACCACGUCUGGAGCAGCGCGUGUAAAGUGGAAAACAAUUUGAUAGGACAGCCAGCCCCAGGCCGUUAGUUAGAAGUGCAAGUGACAGCGUGAAAUUCGCGCCGUGAAUCAGUUCCGCAAACGAGGUCCAACCGGGCAACUCUCUCAUCGAUCACUUCUCCAAACGAUAGCAUUCAACAAGGGCUGAAAUGCAUGACGCAAGGCAUACUGUUGUUCGUACGAACGAAAUAUCUUGCAAUAUUGCUCCGAUCAUCGUUGCAGGACUUUGGGAUCAAGCGCCACGCUAUAAGCGAGGCCUAGCGUCGCAGAAGUGUUUAGCGGAGUUCAGGAGCACCAAUCCAAGAACGUACAUGUACGAGCUAAUCCAAAGCUGGGGGCUGCAAACUCAUCUUGUCGCGGAACUCCAAAAGCUGCCAAGUGGUGUCCUUGCCUACAUUUCAGGCUGUGCGAGACCGGGGAUGCUGCACGCUGGAGGCUGGCUUCCACAACCAAUAGCCCCGCGCUGUGCUCCUCCGCCAUGUAAAUGAUAAAUAUUGAGGCACAUUGUGCUUCUCACUGGCUCGGUCACACAGCAGCCACGGCCUGCGGAAGUGUGAAGAUUGGGCGAGCCACAAUAUAUUCGCCCGGUUCACCUUCGCCGACGAUCUGACCUGGGCUCCAAGGCAUACUCUCCACCUGAUGCUC